AGAGUUGGUAUACACAGAGGCGCCGGCAGUGAGUCGGGAGGGGCAGUCGCGGGGUGCACCGACGGCUGACCGUCCAGCCAUGUGGCUCAACUGCAGGCUCGUACUACUGGCCACUCUGAUCACUGUGACAGCCGCCUUUGAGUUUGUGCCGAACCCUGGUCGGUGUCGAGACGCCCGUCAGCGAUGUGUGCCCAUCAGGGAGUGUGCCGCCUUCCGGACCCGUGGCCAGGUGCUGCGGCGGCGGCCGAUCGUCUGCGGCUUCUCGGAGCGCGGAGUCGAGGUGUGCUGCGAUGAAGCUGAGCCAGAGACGGAGGGAUCUGAUACAGCUAUCGGUGGUACGAAGGUAACCAACGGUCCUGAACCAGUCACUAAAGAACCAGUCACUGAGAGUCCUCCGUCAGUCAGUGACGACCUGAAACUGUUCAACGACAGUGCUGCACUGAUCACCGACAGCAGCGAUCCCGUGAUCAACAACAGCACCGACAUAACCAACAAUAGCUCUUUACCGGUCACGGACAGUACUGAGCCCGAACUCGUCAUCGACGGGUCUCAGCCAAUCGUCAGCCGGACUCCACUGCCCACGAAAUGCGGCGAGCCCCGCUCCGCAGCUCUUAAUCAGAAUCGGCCGCAGUUAGAUACUGAGCUGCAGCAGAGAAUGGGUGCCCUUCGUCCAGUAACGGUGGAAAUCAGCCCAGCGUUAGUUGACAUCGUCCAUCCGAUAGUUGGCGGCAACGACGUUCAGGUGGUGGUUAAACCUCCGUCUCUGCUGGGCGGUCCCCGCGAGACGGGCCACCGGUGGCCGUGGAUGGUGCUGUUCGGCCGCUGGACGGACGCCGGGCUGGGCGACUGGUUCUGCGGCGGAACACUCAUCACCGACCGGCACGUGCUCACGGCCGCCCACUGCCUGCGACCCGAGGAGGCCGGCACCGUGGGCGCGCGCAUCGCCGACCACGACCUGACGCUGCCGGACGAGGUGCAGCACCAGCAGCGGAACGUCUCCGGCAUCGUGCGCCACCCGCGCUACCUGCUCGGCCCGCAGAACGACCUGGCCGUGGUGCGACUGGCGGCGCCCGUCGAGGCCACGUUCGCCGUACAGCCCAUCUGCCUGCCACCGGCCGGCGCCGACCACCUGGGACGGGACGUGGCCGUGGCCGGCUGGGGCCUGCUCGAGUUCGGCGGCCGCACGCCCGACAUACUGCAGGAGGCGCCGCUGCGCGUCACCGACCCGGCCGCCUGCGAGGCUGUCUAUCGGGACGUGCCGCAGUUCGAGAGGCGCUUCCCGGCCGGCUUCCAGGGCACGGUGGUGUGCGCCGAGAGCCGGGACGCCGAGCCGCGCGACGCGUGCCGCGGCGACUCGGGCGGCCCGCUGAUGGCGCUCUCCGACGGCUCGUACCAGCUGGUGGGCGUGGUGUCUGGCGGCCUGGGCUGCGGCAACCCCGAGUUCCCCGGUGUCUACACCAAGGUGGCCGCCUACCGGGACUGGAUCGUCGAGCAGCUCACGUAGAGCCGACCCGGGUGACAUGCUCAGUGAUCACCAAUCAAGACAGUGGCGGUGGCACAGCAUACCGAGUGCGCAGCCUUAUCAUGGGACACAGGAAAUAGGGUCGGGGUAUGCUAUCUGAAUGGAGGAACCACAUAACUUCUGUUCUUCUGAAGAAUAGAAAUAUAGGUAGCGCAACGUUCAUCAAUGAUGCAUUUUGCACUGUGCAAUGCUAAAUAUUUUGCGAUGAAUUUGUCGGCGCUGAUCAUAAGCAUACAAGCAAGGGGCAAAUCAUAUCAUAUUUCCCAUUGCCAAAUUGGCUUUGCUGAUCAGGUCAGGCGAACCGGAUCGAAAGUUGUUCCAAGACGUUGUUUUUUAAGCAUUCGCACCAAAUGGUACAAACGUGAAAACGGAGCGGCACGAUUAUUACUGUGUGCUACCGAAAUAAAUGUAUGCUGGUUUGCGCAAA